AUGAGUUCAAACAGACUUAGAGAUAUGAGAGAGAACUUUCAUUCAGAAUUGAGAAAGAGAACUUUAGAAUAGACGUUUAGAUUGAAGAGAUUAGUUACUAACCCAGUAAAGCAUUAUCCAAUUGAAUAAUUAAUCGAUAUAGUGGACAAGUUGAUGAGAUUUGAGGAAUUGAACGAUGAAGAAUUUUAAAUAAUGGUAUCGAUUUUAGAUGAUGUUCAAUCGACUGCGAUAAAUGAUCCAUCUUAAUUUUGUGAAUGGGCAGAACAUUUAAGAAUAAUCAAGACAUUGGUUGAUUCCAUGUGUUUAGGUUCGAAUCCAAAGUAUUCUGUGUUUGCUACAAAAGCAGCAAAUUGUUUUAGAUAAUUGGUUAAGUAGAAAAAGUCAAGGGUCUAUGUAAAUUAACAUUUCGAUUAAGUUUGUGAGAUUUACAAAUCUUGGAUAGACUCUGACUAGAGUUUAUUAAAAGAGAAUGGAUUAAGAGGUUUAAAUUAAUUAGUAGAAUUGCAUUCCCCUAAAUUUUCAAAAUAUGACAUCGUUGAGAGUGUUCUAAAGUCACUACAGGUGAAUAGGAACAACGAUAAAGCACUUAGAAUUCUGGCCAGUAUAACAAAGAGUAUUGAUGAUGACAACUAAGUAAUUGCUAUUUUGAGAAUUGCCUCCAAAUUGAUUGAGAGUGCGGAUAAUAACUUAAAAGAGAAGGGUCUAAUGAUAAUUGAGAAUGCGAGUAGAAACCUUUAAAAUGUUCAAUUCAUUUUGACUAUGAGGAUAAUGUAAUCUAUCAUGAACUUAAUUAAUAAUAAGGAUAAAAACAUCUCUAAAUUGUCUCUAUCUAUAUUAGUGAGUUUGUCAUUCACAUCCGAAUUUGAUGAGUGUUCAAAAUUGUUGGAUUUAGGAAUUAUGGAUGUCCUCUAUGGGUUACUGAAGAACACUUAACGUACCUAUUGCAGGAUUUAUGGAAGCAUGAUAUUCAAUAAUUUGAUGGCCUCUUCUCAUUUGAUUUUGGAUUAGAUAGUUUCGAAUCAAAAAAUACUGGAGACUGUUUUUGAUCUUUUGGAAACUGAUGUUGUGGAUGUCAGAAGGGAACUCUAUUAGGCAUUUAAGAACUUUUUAGUUGUUUGCACAUAGAAUUAAUUGUUGAUAAUUCUUGAUUCUGGCUUGUUGGAUUAUGAAAUUUCGGGUCUGGAUGACAUAGAUCUCAAAAUAGUAUAAUUGUCUAUAGAAACUUUGGGAUUAAUAAUUAAAGAGUUACAAUCAAGCUAAUAUAAAGCCUAAAUUUAUUAGUACUUUUCUUAGACUGGAGUUCAGAAGAAACUUGAGAAUUUGAUCUAGAUUUGUGGGGCCGAAAAGAUAUGCAACUUAGCUGAAUAGUGUCUUAAAGAAUAUUUUGACUAUGAAUAUUGA